CUUCAAUAUUGAUCAGAGCUGGGAAUCACUGUACGUAUGGCGGAAUCAAACACUCACCCUGUAGGCGAUAAUGUCUUUCUCCAACGCGCCUACAAGCUCUCCAACACGGAGGAAGCCCGUAAUUUAUACGACGAAUGGGCAUCACAGUACGACAAAGAUCUCCAAAAUGAAGACUACGCUGCACCUGAGCUCGCCGCAGAGUCAUUGAUCCUCGCGCGAGGCGGCAACGUCGAAGACAGCCAACAGCUCGGGUCCAUCAAGAUCAUGGACGCCGGGUGUGGGACGGGACUUGUCGGACUCGGUCUAGCGAGAUUCGGCUCUCCAAACAUUGAGGGCCUCGAUAUCAGUCCCGGCAUGCUGGACAUAGCGAGACGUACAGGUGUCUACGGUGUCUUGGAAGAAGCAGACCUGAGUAAGCCGGUUGCCAGGCCAGACAAUUCUUAUGAUGCGGUGAUGUGCGUGGGGACACUGACGCGGGGCCAUGUCGGGCCCAAAGUGUUGAAGGAAUUUGUGAGAAUUGUCAAGCCCGAGGGACUGAUCGUGGCGACCGUUCUAGAUGAUAUCUGGGAGAGGGAUGGCUUCAGGGCUGAAGUCGAUAACUUGCGGGAUUCAGGGCAAGUCAAGGCAUUGCGAACGGACGUUAUUGGGCUGAGGACGACAAGUGAUGUGGGAGGAAGACUGCUUGUGUUGAAGAAGUUGUAGGUCCGUCAACACCAUUCACAGACAGAUCUUCAGAGGCAGACGACGCCUGAGAUUGCCGCUGCAGUAGCAGUAUCUCGAAGGGCUGCUGGGUCAUUGUUGGAACGUGCAACAUCCUGCAUAAUCACGAUCGCCGGUCUCGCAAUAGUCCAUCUGGUCGGAGAGGUGUUUGCUGGCGAAGGCCCCAAGGGCCCUUUUGUACGGUGGUCCAUUUGGCGCAUGACGCGUCAAAAUGCUAUUCGCG